AUGGUGCCGAGUCCUAUUCGUCGUAGUAUAAUGCUGCAUAAGCAUAUAAGACCCUUGACUUCCACCACCCCCGCCGCCAGGUUUCUUCAUUGUUCGACUAGAAGUGCUUCACCAGUUGAAAGAUUCUGCACCAAGACCCCGGCCAUUGGAAUUACGAAUCGUAUCGAAACGACUGUCAACCCGCGAGCGAAGCUAUCCUCGGUCCCCAAGCCCGCUUCUUUCUCUACCGCUUCCCCAAAGCUACAGCAGCCGCCGCAGUCGCAAGCACCGGCCCCAGACGACGAGAUGUCGGAACCCACUGGACUCAUUGCCAACAAGGGCAUCGAGCUUCUGACCCUUGGCACGCCCAACGGGUACAAGGCCAGCAUCCUGCUCGAGGAGCUGAAGGAGGCGUACGGGCUCGAGUACACGUGGCAGGCCAUCAACAUCAUGAAGAACACGCAGAAGCAGCCGUGGUACACGGCCAUCUGCCCCAACGGGCGCAUCCCGGCCAUCGUCGACCACGAGCGCGGCGGCUUCGCCGUCUUCGAGGGCAUCGCCAUCCUCGGCUACCUGGCCCGCGUCUACGACCGCGAGCACCGCUUUAGCUUCCCCGUCGACUCGGACGACUACUCCGUGUGUGAGCAGUGGAUCGGCUGGCAGCACGGUGGCCUCGGCCCCAUGCAGGGCCAGGCCAACCACUUCCUCAAGUUCGCGGCCGAGAAGAUCCCCUACGCGACGCAGCGGUACGUGGGCGAGUCGGAGCGGCUGUACGGGAUCCUGGACGCGCGGCUGCGGGAGCGCGACUACGUGGCGGGGCCGGGCCGCGGCCGGUACAGCAUCGCCGACAUCAGCCUGCUGGGGUGGGCCAACAUCGCGACCUUCUCGGGGCUGGACCUGGCGCAGUUCCCCAGCGUGCGCGCGUGGCUCGACCGCUGCAUGCAGCGGCCCGCGGUCCAGCGCGGCUUCGCCGUGCCCAACGUCAGCGCCCUCAGCAACGCCAAGCUGGCCGAGACGCUCGAGGCCGACCCCGAGGCCAAGAAGAAGAGCGACGCGAGCUGGGCCUUCCUCAAGGAGAGCAAGGAGAAGUACGGAUACAAGUACGCUUCGCCGUAG